UAUGUUGAACAGGCUGGACAGGUUUGGGUGAGGCGGGUGUGAGAGCCUUACUCACAAAAAAGAGAGAGGACAGAUUUUUGCAGUUCAGUCAUUUCCUGUAGUUUGUGACUUGAUUUAAUGUCAGAAGAAGAGGUUUGUGUUUUUAUUUCACUUCACACGAAGAACUAAGAAAAACAGCAGCACUGCCAAAGAAAUAGCAGACAAAGAAAAACUACCUGCAGAGUGUGAAGAGCCACCUCUUGUGUUCUGAUUGGACAGUUUCCUGAUUAAUAAAACAGUGAUGUCAUCCAACAUCAACAUCUCUCUUGAAAAUCCAUACGGUCAGGUGACCAUCCCUCGGGCCAAGCUCCACUCUUCUGCCGACCACAGCACAGUGAUAGCCAACCCAGGGGCAGUGAGUGAGGGGAACCCAUAUGUGUCGAACUCGCCACCGCCGUAUAUGGUGAAAGAAGACAAAGAUGGAGGCGAGGAACAAGGCGGGAGGUGCCGUGCCUGCUGCUACCGCUGCAAAAGGAAGUGACGUAUCAGGACCUGACACCAACAAAUGUCACAUCUUUGCUCCCUUCUCCUGAGGAAACAUCUAGGAGGCAAGGACAUAACUGAGGAAGCAAGAAAGUAAAAGAACAUCGGCCAUUUGUUGUCUGCAGUGAAAAGAUAAAGUUCAUGUAAACACUGAUGUUUCAUUUUACAGGUGUAUGGAGUGCAGAUUUAACUUUAAGCUACACCUGCAACAUGUCUGCACAGACCGUUUAGCAGAUAACUUCAUUUACAAAAAAAGAGUUUUAGUUUAAUGGUUAACACUGAUGAUGAUACACUUAACAAUAAUGGAAAAUUAAAAAUAAUUAAUUCAGAUAUUACCUAAUGAAAAUCACCUGUAAAAUAAAACAUUCAUGUUUUUUCAUCCAUAAAACCUCACAGUCCAAUUAUUGAGAUGUUCAAUGAUUCAGGGACAGUGUUCAGGAACAGUUCAGUGUCCAACAAAUGAUGGUUGAGAGAUAUUAUGUAGUUAAAGGACCUUAACAGCUUAAUGUGUGACAUGUUGCACAUGGAACCAGGUAGAGAGAGAUUUAAAGAAAAUGUAAUCACACAAGUAUUUUGGCUGAGUAGAAAUUAUCGUUGUCGCUGUGAAUUGUUUUGAUGUAUUUUCUGUGUAGUUUUCUCUGAUUUUUACAGGAAACGAUUCAACUUCAGUUGAGGUAAAAUUGUUCCAUUAAGUAUUUAAAAGUUGGAUCAAAGUAAUAAAAACAUUUUUAAUAUGAAGGAGGUUUUAACAUAUAAAUAUGAGAAGAUAAUGACGUUAAUAAAGUCAGAUAGUGAAUUCAACAAUAAAAUAUGAAUGAAUGUUUAACAUUUAUUCAUAUAUCGACCCCAAACUCAGACGACCUGACAAGUAAAUGAGCUGGAGCAGAGGUCGGAAAAUGCGGAACGAGCCAGUGCCCACAGUCCGUCUCUGGGCCUCACUAAACCUUUACAACUCACCUGGUAUCGGCCUCAACUCUGGAGUCCACUACACACACUUUACAUGUAUGAAAUGUUGCUGGGCAACGGCAGCGUGUCCUCCAUGAGUUGUAACAUGAUGGGUCAACAGCAGCAGCCAAUAGAAACCUGAGCUCAGCUCCACUUUCUUUUGGCUGCUCAUGUUUAGUGAUUAAAUUGUUUAAUAACAAACAAAUAUAUGUAAAAAUAAAAACAAAUAAUAUUUUUGUAAAGUUAUUAUCAACUUUGGCUUUGUGUCUUACAUGAGUGUUAUAUAUAUUAGUCAAUGUUUUGGUUUCAUACAUGUAUGUAAAUUGCACCAUGUCCAGACUUUAUUAUUGGGAUAAUAACGGACUCAUAUCUGACGUUUAGUGGUAAUGAUGUAGAGAACUAGGUACACAUGAGCUCCUUAGUGAACAAGCAUCCAUAAUUGAUGAAGGUGACUCAUUCUCUCAGAGGUAUCAACAGAACAGACAACCAAACAGACGAAGAGAAAAACACAACAGGAGCAAAGAAAGUGUGAAAGACAAAAGGAGAGAGAAAUAAGGAAAGGGAAUCAAGCGAUAAAAGGAAGGAAAGAAGAAAGCUAGGAAGGAAAGAAGGAAGGAAGGAAGCACGGGAAAAGCAUACACAACAAAAUGAAGUUUGAAAGGAUGUAAAGAAGGAAACCAAGGUGAGUUCAUCUUCUGUCUGACACUGAGAUGUUGGGUCAAAGUCAGGAAAUUAAACACAAGACCACCGAGGAGGUCAAAGUGGGAGAGACUGACAAAUGGCUAAUGACUAAAAUGCUUUGAGGUGGAACGAGUCUUUACGGUUGUUUACACACUUAAACACACUGAAACUAAAAAAUUUACUAUUGUAUUUUACUAAGUAAUGUGCCUACUUUUCUAAAAACAAAGAUCAGGUUUAAAUCUCUUAUUGUCCAUGCAGAUUAAAAUGUCUGACGAAAAAACCCUAAAAGACAACAAAGAGGAGGAGAGGACCCUCCCCUGUCCUUCCGCCCCUGCAGCUGUGGGAAUGAUGGCAUCACUAAGAAGACAGGACCUGGUGUGCAUCGUAUGCUUUGGCAGUUAUGAUUUAACCACUCGGUUGCCGCGGCGACUGCACUGUGGCCACGCCUUCUGCCAGAUGUGUCUGAAGAGGCUGGACACAGUCAUCAAUGAACAGGUGUGGAUUCCGUGUCCUCAGUGCCGGCAGAACACACCUCGACCCAAAGGGGGGGCAGCAAGCCUGGACCUGGACCUGGUCUCCUUCCUGGGAGUCAAGGCCCAGCAGGCGUGGAGUUCCACCUGCAGUGAGGAAGUGCCGGCUGGAGCCACAGCCCAGGACAGGAAGCUGUGGCUGAGAAAGGAAGUGACAGAUGACAGCUGGUCACAUGGAGGACUGGCUGAACCGCGCUUCCAUCGCUACAGCAACUGCUGUCCACCACCCUCCUAUUGGCUGUGCUGCUGGCGCUGUUGCCAGGGGCGAGGCUAACACAGACAUUUUAUUUUUUACAUUUUUUCACUAAUGAUGUGAUUUAUGUUUAGUGAAUUUGAUGUUCUUUAAACAUAAAACUGGAUUACUGCUGAGAAAUAAAAAAAG